AUGAUGAAUAACGAUAAAAUAUGCUCUACGGAUGAUGAGUUGAGCACGGACGAUGAGUUUGAAUACGUAGAAACAGAACAAUUAGAUGAUAUAAUUCAGACAAGCCAGCGUCAAUAUAGACCAGGAGAUAAUGCAAAAUCAACCAAAAACCAACUAGAUGAAUCAAAAGAGUUCUUUGAUAAGUAUGCUGAUAAAUAUUUGGAAUUUACCGAUAAUAACCCCACUACAUUCCAUGUAAUUGACUAUUUCAAGAGACUAUUGGAGGAACAUGGGUUUAAAUACAUUCCAGAAGGAGCUGCUAUAAGUGAAGAAAUAUCGAAGAGGAUCAGGGAAGGGGGGCUUUUUUUCAGCGUGAGGUCGGAUUUGAGUAUCGUGGGAUUUGUUGUGGGAGGUAAAUGGGAUGCGGGUAGUGGAAUUGGGGUCAUUGGGUCUCACGUUGAUUCGCUAUCAAUUAAACUCAAGCCUGUUUCCAAACAUAAAGCUAUAAAUGGAUUUAAUAUGCUAGGAGUGGCUGGAUAUAGUUCGACGUUGACGGAGCUAUGUUUAGAUAGAGACUUUGGAAUUGGGGGGACGAUACUUGUGAAGAAUGGAGACGGUAAAAUGACUAGAAAGUUGGUUAAUUCGACUCCGCAUCCGAUUGCAAAAAUACCUAAACUAGCAGAGCAUUUUGGCGAAAUUGCAGACAAAAAAUAUAACCAGGAGACUCAGAUGGUGCCAAUUAUUGGCUAUGGACAGAAUGAAGACGAACCUAGCGAAGUGGAGAAAAAGAGCCCAUUAUAUGGCAAGCAUUCGUUAGAAUUAUUACGGUAUAUAUCCAAGAUAUCGGAAACGCCCGUUGAUCGAAUAAUUGGCCUUGAUUUGGAGUUGUUCGAUGUUCAAAGCGCCACCAGGGGUGGACUUUGUAAGGAAUUCAUAUUUGCCCCUAGAAUUGACGAUAGAUUGUGUUCAUUUGCUGCUGUCUAUAGUUUGAUUGAGUAUAGUAAAACGUUCAAUGAAGACUUCGGGGAAUAUGAUGAUUUUAAUGCGGUCUUGCUAGUGGAUAACGAAGAAAUUGGCUCGGGAACUAGAACCGGUGCAAAAGGUAAAUUCCUAAACGCCGUUUUGGAUAGGGUUAUCGCAAUCAGAGGUGAAAAGUCACCAGCUGCUAAUUUGGCCUUUGCAAACUCUGUAAUACUUUCAGCAGAUGUAACACACGCAUUGAAUCCGAAUUUUAAAGAAGCGUAUUUAAAGGAUCAUUAUCCGCUUCCAAACAAAGGACUCACCAUUAAAGUCGAUCCGAAUGGACAUGUCAUGACGGAUACGAUUGGCCAAGUUUUGUUGGGCGAUAUUGCUCGUAAAGAAAACCAGCAGUUGCAGACAUUCCAUAUUCGAAACGAUGGUAGAUCGGGUAGCACCAUAGGUCCUGCCUUGGCGUGUGAUACGGGUGCAAGGGUUAUUGAUGUUGGAUUACCACAAUUAUCAAUGCACAGUAUAAGAGCCAUGUGUGGUUUUAAAGAAGUUGGUCUUGGAGUUAACAUUUUCAAGUCCUUUUUCAAACAUUGGAGAAAAUCGUACGACGAAAUAGACUAUUAA